AUGCAUCUCACUUGCAGUCCCAUUCCAGAGCACCUUGUCAACGAAUUUCAUGUUGUGCAGCAAUAUUUUCAAAGGGGUAAUUUCAAAUUGGGAUUUGAAGCUCGUCAAAAGUGGCUCAAUCUUAUCGGUUACGAGUCUUGGACAUUCACUGAAAAGCAACUCUUUCUGAUCAAUCUUAACAUUGAGCGAUUGAUCAACAUUACCCUAGCCGCUAGAAGCCAAGGCCCGACACCCCCAAGCAAAGAGAACAUUCGUGACAGCCUUCGUCAUCAUAAUGGCUGA